AAAAAGCCUCAUGUCGAGCUGAAAAGAGCGUGAAAACCGUGAAAACAAUCCUCUCGUGCGCGUUUUUCGCUGAAAAAAUCGAGAAAAAGUGACCAAAAGUAGUGAUUUCCAUGAAGCGCGCCUAUCCCAAGGAUAUGACUGCGGGUUCCUCCGGUGGUUCAUCGGAACAAACCAACGGAACACCCACUUUCAAGCAACCUCCCAGUGCUCGGCUAAUCAGUCUGCAUCGGCAGGGUUUGCCUAUCUACCAAGUCCGGAAAAACAUUAUUGAUACGGUGAAACGAAACCAAACGACGAUUCUGCUGAGCGACACCGGUUCCGGCAAGAGUACCCAGGUGCCGCAAUUCUUGUUCGAAUCAGGAAUCAACCAGGGCAAGAUGAUUGCCAUAACGCAACCCCGCAGAGUGGCAGCAAUAACAGUGGCGAAGAGGGUAGCACAGGAGCAGGGGUCGACCAUUGGCGACGUCGUGGGCUAUUCGGUUCGAUUCGAGGAUGUUACGUCGGAAAAUACACAGAUCAAGUUUAUGACCGACGGACGGCUAUUUCGGGAAGCCAUGUCGGAUCAGCUGCUGAAGAAUUACAAUGUGGUCAUUCUGGACGAAGCGCACGAGAGGACAAUCGCGACGGAUGUACUGUUUGGUAUAGUGAAGAAGGCACAACAAACACGAAGAACGAAGCUGCUAGAACCACUGAAGAUUAUUAUUAUGUCUGCUACGAUGGAUGUUGAUCAUUUCUCGCAGUAUUUCAACCAAUGCCCGACGCUCUUCCUGAAAGGAAGGAACUUUAUUGUAAGAAUAUUCCAAGCAAUUGAUAAUGUUCACUAUGUGGAAGCGUGUAUCACAACCAUUUUUCAAAUACACGAGACUCAAAAAUCAGAAGGGGACAUUUUGGUGUUCCUGACGGGCCAGGAGGAGAUUGAAUCUACAGCUAUGAUUAUCCGAAGAUUGGUUAAACAACAGCAGCAGCAACAGCGAGACCUUCCACGGUUAGUUGUCUAUCCGAUGUAUGCUGCAAUGUCGCAGAAUAGUCAGAUGGAUGCUUUUUUACCAGCCCCACCGAACACAAGAAAGGUCAUUCUUGCCACGAAUAUCGCCGAGACAUCCAUCACCAUACCGGGCAUCAAAUAUGUUAUCGAUUGCGGAAUGGCGAAAUUUCGGGCAUACGAUCCUGUUACUGGAAUCGACACCCUAAAAGUUACCUGGAUAUCAAAAGCUCAAGCAUGGCAACGGGUGGGACGCGCAGGGCGUCUGGAAGACGGCAUCUGCUAUCGGACCUAUUCCAAAGAGGACUUCAAUGCUAUGGAUCCAAACAGCAAACCGGAGAUCCUUCGUUGCAGUAUUGCUGCAUCCACGCUUCAAUUGCUAGCCCUCGGAAUCGACUGCCGGGAGUUUGAUUUUCUAGACAAACCUCCCCUCAAUGCCAUCGAAAGCGCUCUGCAAGAACUGAAAAGUCUUGGUGCGAUCCUCUCCGCUGACACACCUGCCCUAACCACCAUCGGACGCAAAAUGGCCAAACUCCCAUUGGAUCCCAAGUACGCCAAAAUCGUUCUCAGUGCCUCCGAAUUCGGCUGCCUCGAGGAAAUCCUCACCAUCAUCGCCAUGCUCUCCGGCGAGAACGUGUUCCUCAACAACAACCAACGACGGGAACAGCUCUUAGCCGCCCAUUCCAAGUUCCACGCCAAGUGUGGUGAUCACAUAACCCUUCUGAAUGUGUUCAACGAGUACAAAACCAAGGACAAACCCAAACGUUGGUGCUUCGAUAAUUUCCUCCUGGAGCGCAAUCUCUCCCACGCGGCUUCCGUCCGGACACAGCUGAGCGACAUCUGCCACACGCUGGGCCUGCAGUUCAGUUCCUGCGGUAACGAUCCCAUUCCCGCCGUCAAAUGCCUCCUGACCGGUCUGAACAGGAACAUCGCCGAACUGCAGCGGGACAACUCCUACUUGACCCUAUCCAAUCGAAUGCUGUCGAAAAUACAUCCCUCCAGUGUCCUGAGUGGACGAGCCCGGCCCGGAUAUGUGCUGUUCACGGAGCUGGUUGUGACGGGAAUGCACUACCUGCGGACGGUGAGCGAAAUCGAACCGGAAUGGAUUGGAGAAGUGGUGCCGCAGUGUAACUUCCUGGAUAGAAUCACCUGCGGGGGAGGUCGAGGCAGUACGAGUAGCUAUGCGGGCGGAAAUCAAGGAAUUCGGUUGAUUUGAAGGUCCCGAAGGAAAUGUGAUACCUAAAGUUUAAGAGACCAAAAAGUUGGGAAGAGUGAAGGUUAACCGCGAAAUCGUAAACGGUUGGU